ACGAGGUUGGCUGAAUGUUGAUAGAAAGAUAAUGUUGGAGACAUGCUGCUGGUGCGCAGCUCUCUGAAGAUCAACCGCCUCCCCAUCGCAUUCUUUGCCUGAAGCCCUGUGCUCAGGUUGUGCUCCUCUGUGAUGCUGAAGACACCUCCCUUUGUAACAACUGAAUCAUGAACAACUUCAUUCUUCUGGAAGAACAGCUAAUCAAGAAAUCCCAACAAAAGAGGAGAACUUCUCCUUCAAACUUUAAAGUCCGCUUCUUUGUUUUAACCAAAACCAGUCUGGCCUACUUUGAGGAUCGUCAUGGGAAAAAGCGCACGUUGAAGGGCUCUAUCGAACUCUCCCGAAUCAAAUGUGUCGAGAUUGUGAAGAGUGACAUUAGCAUCCCGUGCCACUAUAAAUACCCAUUUCAGGUUGUGCAUGACAACUACCUCCUGUAUGUGUUCGCUCCAGACCGUGAGAGCCGGCAGCGCUGGGUGCUGGCCCUUAAAGAAGAAACAAGAAAUAAUAACAGCUUGGUGUCCAAGUAUCACCCUAACUUCUGGAUGGAUGGGAGGUGGAGAUGCUGUUCCCAGCUGGAGAAACUUGCGGUGGGCUGUGCCCAGUAUGAUCCAACCAAGAAUGCUUCAAAGAAGCCUCUUCCUCCUACUCCUGAGGACAACAGGCGGUCACUUCGGGAAGCUGAGGAGAACCUGGUCAUCGCCCUGUAUGACUACCAAACAGACGAUCCUCAGGAACUCACGCUGCAGCGCAACGAGGAGUACUACCUGCUGGACAGUUCUGAGAUUCACUGGUGGAGAGUUCAGGACAGGAACGGGCAUGAAGGAUAUGUACCAAGCAGUUAUCUGGUGGAAAAAUCUCCAAAUAACCUGGAAACCUAUGAAUGGUACAAUAAGAGUAUCAGCCGAGACAAAGCUGAAAAACUUCUUUUGGACACAGGCAAAGAAGGAGCCUUCAUGGUCCGGGAUUCCAGGACUCCAGGAACUUACACCGUGUCUGUUUUCACCAAGGCUGUUGUAAGUGAGAACAACCCCUGUAUAAAGCAUUAUCACAUCAAGGAAACUAACGACAACCCCAAGCGUUACUAUGUGGCUGAAAAGUAUGUGUUUGACUCCAUCCCACUCCUCAUCAACUACCAUCAACACAAUGGAGGAGGUCUGGUCACACGACUCCGAUAUCCAGUUUCUUCUUGGAGACAGAAAGCCCCAGUCACAGCAGGGUUGAGAUAUGGAAAGUGGGUGAUUGACCCCUCAGAGCUCACUUUUGUGCAGGAGAUUGGCAGUGGGCAGUUUGGGUUGGUACAUCUCGGUUACUGGCUCAACAAGGACAAGGUGGCCAUCAAAACCAUUCAGGAAGGAGCUAUGUCAGAAGAGGACUUCAUAGAGGAGGCUGAAGUCAUGAUGAAACUCUCUCACCCCAAACUGGUCCAGCUCUAUGGAGUGUGCCUGGAGCAGGCACCCAUCUGCCUGGUGUUCGAGUUCAUGGAGCACGGCUGCCUGUCAGAUUACCUGCGCACUCAGCGGGGGCUCUUUGCCGCGGAGACCCUGCUGGGCAUGUGCCUGGACGUGUGCGAGGGCAUGGCCUACCUGGAAGAGGCGUGCGUCAUCCACAGAGACCUGGCUGCCCGAAACUGUUUGGUGGGAGAAAACCAGGUCAUCAAGGUGUCGGACUUCGGGAUGACAAGGUUUGUCCUCGAUGAUCAGUACACGAGUUCCACAGGCACCAAGUUCCCAGUGAAGUGGGCCUCUCCAGAAGUCUUCUCCUUUAGUCGCUAUAGCAGCAAGUCAGACGUGUGGUCCUUUGGUGUGCUGAUGUGGGAAGUCUUCAGUGAAGGCAAAAUCCCGUAUGAAAACCGGAGCAACUCAGAGGUAGUAGAAGACAUCAGUACUGGAUUUCGGUUAUACAAGCCCCGUCUGGCCUCCUCUAACAUCUACCAGAUUAUGAAUCAUUGCUGGAAAGAGAGACCGGAAGACCGGCCACCAUUCUCCAUUCUGUUGGGUCAACUGGCUGAAAUCGCAGAAUCGGGACUUUAGCAGAGAUGCAGGCCAGGCCAAGGCUGCAGAUUCUGGAUGGAGGGAGGAAGUCCUUCUAUGGAGCAUUACGAGCUGCCACGAGCCUGGACCUCCCUCAGAAGCAGUUCUGCCUGUGGUGCCUGUCCCUGAGCUGCCACAGUUACUGCACUGAGACAGAGACUGGCAGCCAGGCCACAGGCAAGAGGGUCCGUCACCGAGCCAGGAGCUGGGCCCGAGCAGCAGCCAUGCCUCUGCCCUCCCUCUCGCCUCUUGUCUCAUGUGGUGCAUAAACCAAUCUGACAGCUCUUGGGCAGUGUUUCCUGCACUUAGCAAUAGGGAGAGAGAAUGGGGGUAGAGGCCCUAGAUUAUUCUUUAUAUUAUUAUUUUAAGCAUAGCUCUGAUGUUUGAGGAACUUUUAUUUGGUCCCACAACAGUACCCUGGGAUGUGGGUCAAGGGGAACAAGGAGCAUGAGUGUUUUCGUAGGAAAACUGUGAGCAAAUCAGGGGCAGAAAGAGUGGGCUCUGUUGCUCUAAUGCCGUCAGCCAGUUUCCUGCCACAGAGGAGCAGCUGCUUACACCAGAGGCCAGCUAUUCCGAGAGGCAGCGUCGUGCGCUUUCACAGAAUAUACAGCCACCCCUCUCCUCGAAGGGAGAGCAUGGUGCGCGCCAUUGGACUGAUAAGGGAUGGACAGUUCAGACCCUGGGGUUGGAGUGCUGGGUAUCUCAUCUCUGGGCAGGUAUGAGAAGGCAUCUGCCAGUGGGGAGCCAACUGGUACCAACCAAAAGGCCUUCGCUGGUAACCUCUCCAGCGCUUUCCUUUUGUACCAGACCACACAAGGGCCUGUGCACCUCUUCUACCCGGAAUGCUGAAGAAAUGAUUAUUUCUAAUACUGACUCCUGCUGAGGCCUUGGGCAUCGUUUUUCCCGCCUCUGCGAAUCACCUGCUCUCUACAAUCCCCAGCCUGCACCAGUGGAGGAUAGCAUUGUGCUGGUCAGUGUGGCCUUGCAGAGUAAUUGGUAGCUGUUUAAGCCCUAGGGUUUAGCAGUUUCAAGGUUGAGACUUCAAGGCUCCCGACAUUCUAGAAGAGGAAUAGGAGUCUCUUCUUGCUCAAAGCAUCUGGGUAGAGUCGUGCUAAAGUGCUCCCAGGUUGUACAAGGGUGCCUCCUGUUGAUUGAGGGCUUGAGUAGGUGAAGUGAUUGGGUACGAAGCUGCAGUAACCUGCAGAAUCUCAGCUCAUCCUGAGUUCACACCAACCUCAUGGGACAGAAUAAUUAUUCCCAUUUUACAGAAAACAAAACCAAGGCUUUAAAAAGCCAGGGCACCUGCCAACAGUGACAGAGCUAGGGAGCCUAGAGCCCAGAUUCUAGCCCACAUGUUUGACUCCAGUGCACAGUCUCUUUAGUCCUUUUCGACACUGCCUCCUAUUGAGAAGGAAAGGGAUUACAUAAGAGAUAAAUAAAGCAGAGGGGAAAAGCAGGGUGCCCAUAAGGAAGUCAGUCAAUAGACCCACCAGCAAGAAACAUUGCUCUAUGUAGCCCGCUGUGGUUAGCAGUAUGGUCCUCCAACUUGCAGUCUGGUCUCCUUUUUCCUCUUCUGUUCUUUGCCUUGCUCAUAGCUAAUGACUUUGGAGUUACUCAGUUAAUUAACCCUUUAAUUCCAACCCACUAGAGUCCUGUUGCAGGAAGCCAUCUACAGAUGAGUUUCAAAACAGCUUUAAAGUAGGUUCUCCUGCAGAGGUAUAAAGGCUUCCUUUAAUCAUCAUUCCAACCUUGAGCUGUAGUCUCCUUGGACACUUCGAGACGAGGGGUACUGCUUGAUAUGAGAGAGACUUAAUUAUACUACAGUGUUCAAAUAAGCUCUUAGAGAAAUUACCGGGUGAUGUUGCAAUCAGCUCUUCCUAAGUCACGUGAUAUUUUGACUGGCUUGAGAUUCAAAUGCCUAACUUUUAACUAUAAUUAUUGUGAAACAGGGAGGCUCCAGAUGAAAUUUUGUCAUUCAGAAGAUAAACUUAUUCAACAUACCCCAAAUCAUCACUCAUCGCUGUCUAUGUCUUACCAUUUUGUACAUUCCCUUUUGGAACAUUUAAUUAGAGUUGACUUCUGGAACAUUCAGCCUAGAAGCAAAACCUUGAUUGAUCUCUGUGGUCUGGUUUAGAAAAUUCCCCUCUGUAUAUUUUUAUCUUUUUAAAGCCCAGAUUUACUGACUAACUAAACAUGAGUGGGUCCUCCACCACCUCGUGUUCUGUCCCACAGAUUGGGCUGUUGUUUGAUUUCUUGUGCUCACAUUUUGAAAAUGGUGCCCUGUGUUCACAGCGAAUUUUAUAAUACAAGGUUUGGGCUGCAUUUUGUAGAGUUUGAAUUUUGUAUGUUGGAGACUAUGUAUUUAUAUUUGGGCCAGAUGAAUAUUUAUUUGUGUACAGUCACUGCUAACAUUACCGAUAUCUCUUGCCCUUUGUAGAGCACACAAAAUUAAAG